AUGAAGCCCGCGAGCCUGCCCCUGCGCGUCCAAUCGCGUCCUGCGUGCCAGCUGUGCGACUACAUACGCCAGCAGCCCCUGUCGCGGCGCACUUUCCUGGCCGCCUCCACCCUCAAGUCCCCCUCGAUACCGAGGCAAACAGCCCGAUCACAGGCGGCCACACCCCGGAUUCCUGCCCGCCGCAUCCAGACCAGCUGGCGCAAUGUCGAGCGAGCAGACUUCCCCGAGACUGCUGCCAGCCCACAGUCGACUUCAGACUCGGUUGCUGCCGUGAAGACGCGGCUGGCGGAAGUCGAGGCGCAGAUCAAGGGCAUCCUCGACUCGAACAGGGGGGAGCCAGAGAAAACCAUCCACGCAGCAUUGGAGGGCUUGGAAGACGUGGCAGUUUCUGCCAUCGCUGUUCGCUCACGGCAACCACCUCCCACCAAGACGACCAUCAGACAGAGCUCGGCUGGCGCAAUCCUCUCUGGACUCGCCAGCGAAGACACACCCAAGCAGAAGAGGGCCUACACAAAACCACUCGCUCUGAAUGAGCUCCCAACCCCCGCAUACCUCUCCAAACUCGCCGAAGGCUUCCUGAAGCACCCCAAUGUCUUCAUCGGACCCAAUGUGCUCAGGGUCUACAUCCGCCUGCAACGCCUGCUCAACCGCCCACACGCCAUCCCUGAGAUUCUCUAUCUCUACGCCAACAAGCCUGUUCCGCAAGAAGGGUCCUCUCCACCCAAGUUCUCGAAGCCCUCGCCCAAGGCUGCAUCGCAAGCUAUUCCCGCCGACCUCGCCGAGGAGUCGUUAACAGCUGCCAUUGAAGCCAAGGACAUGUCCCUCGCCCUUGCCGUCAUUGACCACACCUACCGCGCACCAGCUUGGAGGCGCCACCGCAUGAUCACCAAGAUGGGCCUGCCCAGCAUCCUAGCCGCCAUGACCCCGCUUGCCCUCUACAUGAUCGCCCAAGAAAUGUCCGUAUACAGCGGCUACAUCAACCCCUGGACCUUCAAGCUGUACGCAUUCGCCGGCAUGAGCACCUAUGUCAUUUGCACCGGUACCCUCGGCUUUGUUGCCCUGACCACAUACAACGAUGACCACGACAGAGUGGUCUGGAGACCCGGUAUGCCUUUGCUCGACCGCUACAUCAGGGCUGACGAGCGCGCCGCUCUGGAUCGCAUAGCGUGUGCCUGGGGUUUCAAGGAGCUGUGGAAGAGGGGUGGCGAGGAGGGCGAGGAAUGGGAGGGACUGAGGCAAUUGUGUCUGUUGAGGGGGAUGUGGCUUGAUAAACCCGAUUUGCUGCCUGGCAUGAACCCAGGCCGCUAA